AUGCCCAAAGCGGCCGAGACGGUCGAAACGGGAACGCCGAAGGAUGCGCGCGCUGGUAAAAGGAAGCGCGUGGAGCAGUCCAAGGCGUCGUUGUACGGUGAUCUCCUCCGCGAGGUGUUUGCUCACCUGCCCGCUGUAGAUCUGUGUCGUGCGAGGGAAGUUUGCCGCGAAUGGCGCGACGCCGCAUCGGACGAGUCGCUCUGGAGACGACUCUGUGCCGAUUGCUGGUUCAAACCCGUUCCGAACUAUCCGGGGCGCAUCAGUCGCGUGGGCGCAGGCGGAGUGCCGUUCCAUUCGUGCGAGUUGUUUCAGAGGGGGAUGUGCAGGUUGGCGUACGCCGAGGCGUUCAGCGAGAGGGAACGCGCCUGGAUCACGACAGCAGAACUCUGUGAGGGUGUGUACGUGAAAGACCUCACCACCGGUGAAUUGAUCAGAAACCGUGACGGUCGAAGAUGGUGGUUCCGCUUCAAGGAGGACGCGGGCGAGGACUGGCAAGAUUGGGACGGUUGGUGGGCGGGCGAAGGUCACGGCAGGGAAAGCAUCUUCUGUAGGGACGGCACGGUGGCCUCGAAUCUGAAUGAUCUCGAAGAGGACGAGGAGCCGAUGAGUCACCGUUGGGGAUUCGCGAGGGACAUCUACGAGAUCGACGCGGAGAUGGCGCGAGAGGGCUGGAGGCACUGUUGCCUCCCCUUGAGCGAUCCUCGCCGAGACGAUUUGAAGGUUGAAGAGUUCGAGGAGCAGGGAUACUUUUCGAAGCUCGAGCCGAGGGUGAUGGUUGGUCCAGGUGUGUAUAAAAAACAAAGGGGGGCGAGGAGCCCACACAAACCCAAGAAAUACGCGAAGGAAAUCCGUGCUGCGGGAGGCAACGGCACCCAGUUCCAUGUAGGGUGUGCGCUCAAGCUCUGGCCGGAUACCGAUUUAGACCACUGGCGAGACCGUGAAUCGUACCCGCAGUGUGUCGUGCGAAGGCAUCCAGAGACGUGGGGUUGGAUUCUUGAGAGCUGCUGGACGCUGCAGACAUCGUGGCCGAUGCCGACCCGACAAGAAGAGGUACUCCGCGAGGAUCUGGCCGAUGAGUUCCUCAAGUACGAUGCGACGGAGCAAAAGUUGGAGGUGAGGAUGUACAACCGCGGGAUUCAGCCCGAACAGGACGAGUGCGUCUCGGAGCGGAUGGUCAACUACUGCCAAGAAUACGUCAAAGUUGAGGUUUGUGGUGAAGUGGAGAUCUUCAUGCCGAGGAUUUUGGCCAAUCGCGUCUGCGCCAAGCCGCAUAACCGCGGUUCAAUGAGGAUCGUUCCCGAGGACACAAGAUCACGAGUUGUUUGA